AUGGAGUUAGAUUUUCCCGCUAUGUUAGCUGUCGCACCUAAAACCCUAUCCUCUUCCUUCUCUCUACCUAAACCGCAAAACCCUAAGCCUAAACCCCCAAAUCCUCGAGGUUUCCGGAGUUUCAAAUGGAGACACGACGCCAUUUGCGUGAAAUCGGAGGUGGUGACCGAGAGGGGUCUUGAAUUCGAGACUCGAGAGACUUUUUUCCGCCAUGAGAGCGCCACGGGCCGUGACCUCGGCGUGCUCUCGGCGACGCUAUACAAGAGAUCCAAAGGCGGGUUACGGGUCCUCGACGCCAUGUGUGGCUGCGGAAUCAGGUCGCUUCGUUAUCUUGUGGAGGCGGGAGCUGAUUUUGUCAUGGCGAAUGAUGCCAACGACGCUUAUCGAGGGAUUAUCACUGAUAAUCUGAGUAAGGUUGAGAGGGGUUCAGGCGACGAGAGAAGAUGGGUCGUGUCUCAUAUGUUGGCGAACAAAGCGAUGAUCGAUAGGUAUUUGCUCGGGGAUUUCUUCGAUAUGAUAGAUGUGGAUUCGUUUGGGAGCGAUUCGGCUUUCCUCAGAGACGCUUUCAAUGCGUUGAAGUUGGAUGGUUUGCUUUAUCUCACCUCCACGGAUGGGUACUCUUCCGGUGGUCACAGACCUUACAAUUCUCUAGCAGCCUAUGGGGCAUUUAUCCGACCAAUGCCGUUUGGGAAUGAGAUCGGGCUGCGAAUGGUAAUAGGCGGAGCAGUGAGAGAGGCCUCUCUGCUCGGGUAUCAUGUCACACCCCUUUUCUCCUACUACUCUUAUCAUGGGCCCGUGUUUAGAGUCUUGCUUCGGGUUCACCGUGGGAAGCUACACGAGGACAGGAACUAUGGUUUUGUGACUUACUGUAAUCGCUGCGGUGAUUCGCAGACAGUAAGAUGGGAACAACUUGGUCUGAUCGGCUGUCCCUGCUGCGACACAAAGGCUUCUUCCUCACUCGUUGUCUCGGGUCCACUGUGGCUUGGAGCCCUUCACGACGCAUCCUAUGUUACGGAAAUGCUGGAAUUGGCAAAGGAAUGGGGAUGGGUGGGCAACGACGGCACUGGAAGUGACUUGGAGAAGCUUCUAAGCCUGAUGAUCGAGGAGAGUGACCCGAGGCUACCCCCCGGAUACAUUAAAAUGGAUGAGAUGGCAAGCCGUGCAAAGAUGAAUUCUCCCUCGCUUAAGAAGAUGAUGAGCGCUCUUGCCAAGGAGGGGUACGCCACAAGCAGGUCACACAUUAUUCCCAAUGCUAUUAAAACAGAUUGUCACAUGGCAGAUUUUGUAAGGAUAGCUAAGGAGCAAUUGCCAAAUUGAGAUUUAUCUUUUCUUUGUACUAGAUUAACUUAAAUUACAUUAAAGCAAGCUCGACAAGUUGAAAGUCUUGUCUCUGCUAACCCUUCUACUUCACAGAUUAACC